UCCCUGUCAGAGCUUCACUCAUUUGCCUCCCUCAAAAACCUUAAUAUGCUGUCCAAAGUUGGUCAUUGCUUUUGGAACCAUUGCAAUGUUACUGACGCUACUCCUAAUUUUAACUCGACUGGUAAUGAAGACAGUUUUGUAGUUCCCAUCUCCGAUCUUAUGCUAUCAUUGACAAGUCUUACAACAAAGCCCAUGGAAUGUCAUCACAAUAUUAAUAUCCCUUUCGUCCCUAUCCCCUUUGUAAUAUCCUCGAUCCCUUUGUUCUUCCCUAAAACCCAUUCCAUAUGA